AUGGUUGUUCGGAUUCGUUUGUCUCGCUUCGGCAAUAAGCACCAGCCUUUUUAUAACAUUAUUGUUGCGCAGGCACGGACAGCUCGUGACGCAAAGCCGCUGGAGGUUAUUGGCACCUUUAACCCCGUUCCGCAACGCCCUACCAACCUGUCCGACGAGGAAGCCCGCAGCGCCAGGGCAUUCAAGGAGAUUUCUCUGGACCGUUCGAGAGCAAAGUACUGGCUUGGUGUGGGUGCACAGCCUAGCGAUUCUGUGUGGAGGUUAUUGGGUUUGGCUGGACUCUCUCAACCCAAGAAGCAACAACCCCAGAACUAA